AAAUAUCUUUAGGUUAUAAUCGAGAGAGCGCCCAUCUUCUCCUUAGAACCUUAUCUGUUGGAAGUAGGAGCUAGAGCAACGAGACCAACCAUGUCUGCCACCGCUUCUUCCCUUGCACUACCAUCUCUCACACCCAAGACCCUUUUCCUCUGCAAUUCCAAACCCACUUCCCUCUCUCUGUUCUCUCUUUCCCCUUCUCUCAUCCUUCGUUGUAAGCCCAUUUCCGUUUCCGCUUCCUUUCUUCGCUCUGCGCCUGUCUUCCACACCCAGCCAUCCCGGUUCGUCCGGAACGUCACCCUUUCGUCCGAUUUUGACCAAGAAGAGGAGGUCGAGGAAAGAGGCUUCUCCCCUGACCUCAAACUCUUCGUGGGUAAUCUUCCUUUUAGUGUUGACAGUGCUCAGCUCGCCGGGUUGUUCGAAAGCGCUGGAAAUGUUGAAAUGGUCGAGGUGAUUUAUGACAAGACUACUGGAAGAAGCAGAGGAUUUGGUUUUGUGACAAUGUCUACGGUUGAGGAAACUGAAGUUGCUGCUCAACAGUUCAAUGGCUAUGAACUCGAUGGGAGACCAUUGAGGGUGAAUGCUGGACCUCCUCCACCUAGGAGGGAGGAUUCCUCCUUUAGAGGUACCAGAGGUGGGUCAAGUUUUGGUGGUGGCCAAGGUGGCCCCAGCUCUGGUGGUGGCUACCGUGUUCAUGUGGGUAACCUUGCAUGGGGUGUUGAUGAUUUGGCGCUUCAGAGUUUGUUUAGUGAGCAAGGAAAGGUCGUUGAAGCGAGGGUGAUUUACGACAGGGAGAGUGGCAGAUCAAGAGGUUUUGGUUUUGUAACCUUCAGCUCUUCCGCAGAGGUCAACAAUGCUAUUGAAUCCUUGGAUGGCGUUGACUUAAAUGGCAGAGCACUACGUGUGAGUGCAGCGGAAGCAAGGCCAAGACGUCAAUUUUGAGUUUUGAAUCUUUUACAAGUCCUCAACCAAUGAAAAAACAGGGGACUUGGGAGUUGUGCAAGCUGUGGAGCCAACUGCUGUUCAUCAAGAAUUUACAGAAACAAAGAACUUCCUUAAACUAAUUAGUUUUUGGGCCUACAGAUGGACAUGAGCUGAUAAACGUGCUCUGAAGGAUUGUUAAUUUUGUAUGUUCUGAAUGCCUUAAUCCAGACAGGAAACUGAUGUGUUGAAACAUCUUUUUGUCACAUUUGGUAGAUCCAGUACAAGGGUAUAUGUUAUUUGGCUUUUCCG